AUGCAAUUGGAGACUGAAACUGAUACUGAAGGUUUUAGAGGAACGUUUGAAGAUUUGAAGUUUGAUGCAGAAGAAGAAGAUUUUCCUGAUCACAUAUUUGUCAAACUCUUCGAAAGUAUGAGUCCUAAACUUACUCUUCUUUCUGAUAAAGAAGAUCAGUAUUAUGGUGAUUUGCUUGGGUUGUUAAAGGAAUCGAAGGAAAUAUCAGUCAAGCCUGUUCCUUCUUCGUUGAUUCUUCCAGAAUUCUUGUCACAGAAAUUUUUGCAGUUUGAAUCGAUUUUAUACAAACAAUUGUCCCCUCUUACUCGCAUAUCCAGCCUUCUUCCAUCUGUGUCAGUUGCCCCACCUAUUGUCAUAGGGGUGCGAGAGAAAUGA